GGUCAAAAACUUCCAAUUUCUUUGCUUUUCUUAGCCUUUCAUCACUGUCACCAUGACAAGAAAGAAGGUGAAGCUUGCUUAUAUCACUAAUGAUUCUGCAAGAAAGGCCACUUUUAAGAAACGUAAGAAGGGUUUGAUCAAGAAAGUGACCGAACUCAGUACCCUUUGCGGUAUCGAAGCUUGUGCUAUUAUCUAUAGCCCUUACGAUGCUCACCCGGAGGUCUGGCCGUCUCCAAUCGGAGUGCAACGCGUGCUGUCUCAGUUCAAAAACAUGCCGGAGAUGGAGCAGAGCAAGAAGAUGGUGAACCAGGAGAGUUUCCUCCGGCAGAGAGCGACCAAAUCCAAUGAGCAGCUCAAGAAGCAGCGCAAGGAGAAUCGGGAGAAGGAGGUGACUCAAGUUAUGUUCCAGAGCUUGACUGGAAGAUCCCUGAAUAACUUGAAUAUGAUGGAUUUGAAUGACCUGACGUGGGUGAUUGAUCAGUAUCUGAAACAAAUUUAUAAACUGCGUGAUCCACUUGAUACUGAUACUGAUCCAGUUGCACCACCGCCGCUACCACCAAUAGCCCUGGCACCACCGACGCUGAUAUCACCAGCAACCCUAGCACCACCGACGCUGAUAUCACCAGCAACACUAGCACCACCGACGCUGCCAACUCUGCCGCCGCUUCCUUCACCGGAAAAUGCUGGACUGGCGGGCAUCGGGGAGGUUGUUGCACCGCAGAAUCUGCAGGAAGCCGCGAACAUGGAGGCCAUGCAGAGGCAGCAGUGGAUUAUGGACAUGAUCAACCCUAAUGAAAAUAUGGGAUUUGGUGGAGAUGACAUGAUCAUGCCAUUUGGGGAUAAUAAUAAUAACAAUAAUAACCCUAACUCUCACUGGUCUAAUGGAUUUUUCCAUUGAAUUGGUGGUUAGGGUUUACAUGUGUCUGAAUGUCGUUUUAAGUUAGUUUGUUGCGUUUUUUUAUGUUUUAGCCGUGUCGGGAGGUCACCAAUAAGCCUUCAUGGCUGUAGCCACAUUGUUAUUUCAUCUGCUUUGAUCUUAUUUAAUCCACAGUUUUAGUUUAAUA